AUGAGCAGACCAGCGCUCAGCUUUCUCCGACCGUACCUCCAUCAAUCCGCUCGUUCAAUACGACCAGAACAUGCCCGCGUGUACCUGUCCAUCCAGCGACGAUUCGCCCAGUCGAUAGCUGCUGACGAGUACACUGGACCGCACGAUGUUGAGAAGCAGAAGCGGUUGGAGCAACUGAAGAGGGCGAAACCUCUCGAUGACUACCACCCACGGCUUCAUCGCUCACCUGAUGUUGAGAGUCUCUCGAUUCGCGACUUCAAUGCGAGAUACGAGGGCAUACAAGAGACGAAGCCAGAGCUCGUGUCUGUGAUGGUAUUCCUGGACAUCGAGCGCGACACGCAACGGCUACAAAUCAUGGUUGAGCUGAAGAAGCUCACGCCACAGGACGGCACUGAAGAUAGCUACAAGAGCUUCAAGAAAACGACGAGACUAGGCGACUGGAUAUUCGACAAUGCAGAGACGCUUGCUCGACGGCCGCAUAUACACGCCCUCACGAGCGACGAACCAGGCGACGUGCUUCGCCUCCGAGCACUCGUCUACGACUACAUACGCACAUAUUUCAUAUCCAGUGGAUUUCUGGAGGUGGAGACACCGACGUUCGAUGUCAACGCUGGGGGAGCGAUUGCGCGGCCGUUCGAGACAAUCGCGAACGAGCUGUCGAAUACAUCAGUAAGGCUCAGGAUAGCACCCGAGCUGAACCUGAAGCGUAUGAUUAUAGGUGGGCAGGACAAAAUUUUCGAGAUCGGCCGCGCAUUCCGGAACGAGGGUGUGGAUAAUACGCACAACCCAGAGUUCUCAACCUGCGAGUUCUAUGAGGUUGGAGCAACACUACCAGAUGUGAUUGCGAGGACGGAACAGCUGAUACAUGGCCUGCAUACUGCCGUUGAGUCGCUGAGGUCCACAUACUUCCCUACACUUGCAGCGCCAGAGGUUGACUUCUCUGGCCCAUUCGCGCAAUUGCCCUUCAUCCCAACAAUUGAGAAAGAGAGCGGCCGGAAGCUGCCAGACCUUUUGUCACCGCACGCAUCGAACGAGAUCCUCGACAUGUUCAAAGACCUUGACAUUUCAGUCCCGCCAAAUCCUACACUGCCCAGACUCCUUGACGUACUCGCCGAGCAGUAUAUCGAGCCGCUCUGCGUCAAGCCGACCUUCAUUACCCACCACCCUGAAGCUCUUUCACCCCUCUCGAAGUCCUACCUCGAUCCCGCUACCUCGCAGCGUGUCGCCUCGCGCGUUGAACUCUUCAUCAACAGCCGUGAAUAUGUGAACGCAUAUGAGGAGGAGAACUCGCCUUUCGAACAACGUCGCAAGUUCAUGCAGCAGCUAGACUUUCAUGUUGAUGGUGAAGGAGCGAUGGACGAGAGUUAUCUCGAGGCUCUGGAGUGGGGCAUGCCACCUACAGGUGGAUGGGGCUGUGGUCUGGAUAGGCUGGUCAUGCUGUUCGCCUCAAAGAAGAGAAUAGCAGACGUGCUGCCCUUCGGCACUCUGAGGAAUGUCGUUAGCAUUGCAAAGACCAAAUGA